CUUUCAGAGAUCGAUCCUUCAUACGUGAGCGUGACCCUCGUAGAAGUAACGUACAUGUUGUGACGCAUAAACUCGUUGAUAUAACACGAUCUCAGUCGGACGCGAUAUCACGCAAUCUUUCCUCCUCCGCUAAGAACGUCUGCGAACAGCGUAGGAGGCAACGAGAGAAAUCUCGACGGGAUGCGACUUCGGUGGAAACGAGGGCGACCAAGUUGUAGAAAAUUACUGUGCUUCACUUGUAUAGCUGUAUUUAUUACUAUAGUUUACAAGUCUAUUAACGAAGAAAGCUCUCGGUUCGAGAAAGAAUGGAGCUGUGAAGAGCUUCGAGCUAAGGAACUCUUGAUUGAUCUUUGCAAUGAUUUUAUCCGCGGAGUCACUGGAGGAAAUCUUUGUCAUGACUUGUGUGUCAGCCGAGAACUUGUUGUCCAGGAUUGUCUUGCGCACAAGAACACCACGAUUGUGUUUUCGGGCACCUGGAAAGACAACAAUAUUGUAUUCAAGACAAAGAGAGAGCCCCAUCAUUUUGAGGAGUUGAAAGGUCUGUUAGAUGGUGAUGGGUCAAAAAUGGAGCAAGACCAAAUUUACGAACUCUUCAUUUCUCAUGUGUCUGAUCAUGUGAAGAAUGAACUCUCUUUUUCUGAACUAAACAAUAUAAUGACAGAACAAAAGAUUCUGGAACUUCUUUGGCAGCCACAUUCAUUGGAAAAACUUUCCUUUGCUGACAUGUCAAGUUUGUGGCUCUUAAUCCAGAGAGAUGAAUUCAUCAAGUUACAACUACUGCAAGAUAUGGAACACAUUCCAAGAGUGUACGGCUUCUGUGGAAAAUUUUAUGCUGUAGAGAGGGUGGAGACCCUAGAAGAAUUUUCCUUUUCUCCAUUUAAAAAGCCAAUGCCUUGGAAAAAACGCUUAAAGACAGCUUUAGACUUUUUGGAGCUUUCACAAGAAUUUUCUAACACGGCGUUAGGAAAACUUCACCACUGUGAUAUCCAGCCAGGAAAUUUUGGUAUCACCAAAGUUGUGAGAGUCGUAGCCAUUGAUAUUGACUCUGUAUUCUCCUUGCAACAAAUGGAGGAUUUCCUUGAACAACCAACUUGUGAGAGUAACAAACAGUGUGAUUUCUUUGACUGCAUGUCUGCAUGUAAUGUAACAGAACAUCAAUGUUCAAGAAAUAUUCUCACCAACAACCUUCAGGUUAUCAUGCUAUUCAUGUGAGACCUUGCAAGAACUGCUGCCCUACCCCUCCAGUCAAGUCUAGGAGCGCAUGCCAUGGGAUAUGUUAGGGGAUGAUCGUACUUUGAUUCAGCAACAAACAGCAGAUACUGUUACUCAAGAACUGUAACAGUAGACAGAUUCGGCUAAUGAGUUUACAUUCUAAAGUUGCCAUCCAAUUCAGACAUGUGUUGAUUUAUUUGGGAGGUUACAAUAACUAUUGUGAAAUUUGUCACACACAACUGAUUGCAUGGAAGUUUGUGCAAACAGGACAAUAUUGUAACCUCCCAUAUAAAUCAUCACAUGAUCUGAAUUGGGCAGUGGAAACAAGGAUGUAAAUACAUUAGCUGUAUGUCUAGAGAGGUUCUCUUAGUCAUAGCACCAAUCUCUUGUUGGAAAGGUGUGUUAGAUCGAAUCCUCAUGGUAUGAACAAUUGGCAGUGCAUUUUGACCAAUGAGAAUGUUACUGAUGUUUUAAUGGUAUAAUGCUUUGUGAUUGAAGGUCAUUUGUCGAGAUAUUUUCUUGUCAUACUGGGGACAGCCAGGAUUGUUACAAAGAGCUCCAAUCCAUGCUAAAAACAAACUCUCAUCC